AUGGGAACCAAAUCAGCAGGAAGGAAAAUGUUAGAAAGGGAAGCAAGGAUUGAACCAAAGCAUAAAGCAACUGAGCUGAAAGUUCCAGUAAUAUACUACCUUUCUGGAAAUGGGCAACUUGAGCAUCCACAUCUCAUGGAGGUUCUAAUCUCUUCUCCACAUGGAAUGCUAUGUCUGAAAGAUGUGAUAAAUAGAUUGAGUUUUCUCCGAGGACAAGGAAUGGCCAACAUGUAUUCUUGGUCUACAAAAAGGAGCUACAAAAAUGGGUAUGUGUGGCAAGAUUUGUCAGAGAACGAUUUCAUUUACCCAAGUAGUGGCCACGAGUAUGUCCUCAAAGGAACUCAACUCAUAGAAACUUGUUUGAGCUUUCGAUCCCAUGAAACAAUAUCAACACCAAGCUCCAAAAGUUCCACUGAAACAAACAAUUCUAGCACGGAGUGUGAUUACAAGCUUUGCAUGGCACAGACAUGCAGGGAAUUUUCUAGGAAAGCUGCAAAUGCUUCGACUCAGACUGAGGAGAAGAGUAGGCAGAGGAUGAUGCAAAGGGAUCAAAAUGAAGAGAGUGAAGGAAAUGAUGCAAGGGAGUUAGGUGAGAAUGGGGAUUCUUUGCCAUUUUCUAUUUCUAGUUUUGGAGUGUUGGAAGGGUCUUUGGAGGGUUAUGGAUCUGCAGAUAUCAGAAACCAAAGGGUAGAGAAUGAACGUCCAAGUGGGAGGAUGAAGGCUUCAGAAGUUCUGAUGCAGUUGAUAAGGUGUGGAACGUCUUAA